GACCUUUCAAUAAACAAAAAAUCGUCGUUUUUCUGGUGUGAUAACGACGAACUUACAUGUUAUAACGAAAAACUCCAAUUUCGAUUGAAUUGCGAAUUUGGGUUUCGAUUUGAUUUAUCAUCGCGGGCGAGAGCUAGGAAUUCACCGGUUUCUUCCAUCUUUUUGAGUUGAAUAAGCAACAGCAGAAGAAAGAAGACUGAUAUGAGAAUCGAGAUCAACAGCAGAAGAGAGAAGACUGAUAUGAGAAUCGAGAUCUCUUGUAAUACAAUUGUCGUUUUUUGAGUGCUGGGUUUCGUUCCGUUGGCAAAAUGAUGCUGCAUUAUCAAGACCCUGCAAAAUUGAGGACUAAAAAGAUUGUGUUUGAGGAAGUGUACGGCGCUAGUGAUCCAUGUACACUUGAGCAGUUGAAAGAGUUGAGCUCCAAGCGUAGAUUGAUUGAGGAGUCUAUCAAUGAAAGCACCUCCAUUACUGAGGCCAUUGCAAGGGAAAUGUCUGGAGGCUUAACUUCUCAUUCCCAACAGGUUUUGCAAAAGCUAGAACAGUAUCUACCAUUGUUGGAAAAUUUGAUUUUCCAUGUCAAUUUGGUUAGCAGCAACCGCCAAAUAAGUCAAUGGACGGCAAAUCUUAAGAUACAAUGGAGCAGUGCUCUUUGCUCGUCCUCUUUUUAUUAAUCUCAGGAGUCCAAAAUUCUUUCAAAUCGGUGACUUGAAAUUUGAGCUUCAAAUGAUGCUUUUCCUUUAUGGGGCAAUACUUCGGCAAAGGGCGGUGGAAAUUUUGCCAGAAAACCUGGUGCAAUCUGCCACCCUUUUUAGAGAAGCUGCCGGACUUUAUCGUCACCUUGCUGAUGAGAGUUUUGCUUCUUUACAACAACAUUCUUUGCUUGUUGAAAACCCACCAGAAAUUCUCCCAUCCGUUUCCACAGUCAUGAACCUCAUUUGUUUGGCCGAGGCACAGGCAGUUACUAUAAGGUGGGCUGAAGAAAAAGGUACUAGUAUAAGUCUCUUGGCAAAGCUGCACCAUGGUGUCGCAGAGUUUCUCUAUGAAGCUGCAGUUAUUCUGUAUGCAGCAAUUGGAGAAUGCAAAGAUAUAUCUUCACGCUUUGUGGAAUUCUUAUCAUCUUCCAGGGCAUUACAUAGGUUGAGAGGUCAGAAAUACCAUGCAGAAAGUCUUAAGACCGCUGGAAAAGUUGGGAUUUCGAUUGCUGUUCUUCGAGUUGCACUGACUGAUGGGAAAAGGCAGAUGCCAGGCGAAGAAUCAUGGAAAUCAACAUAUAGAAAGGAAAUUGAUGAUGCUGCUGAGUUGCUCAGGAAGAUUGAGCAUGAGAAUGGAUUUGUCUGGCGCGAAAAGGUGCCUUCCAAAGAAGAGUUGCCAUUGUGUGAAGGUAACAAAAUUGUGAGUUCUAUACCUUAUCAACCCAAAAGAUGGGAGAGAGAACUUGCUUUCAAGAUAUAAAUGUACAGCAAUUAUAAUGCACAUCUAUUGGUUCUGGAGAAGCAAAAUGUUGUCAGCUUUAUGAUCCCUCCUUUACUUGGGAAGUUCAAUUGAAUGUAUAGACCAAUAUUUUUGUGAUCUUGAACAUGAUUGAUUAUACCAAUUACAAAUUCUAAACUAUUACUAAAUUCAU